AUGAAAAAGAGAGAGAUUACAUGCCAUGAAGAGCAUGGUAAUAAUCAUACUGAUGAGGAGUUGGAGAAGCAGGAUGAGGAUGAGGAGAAGAAGAUGGAGGAGUUCUUUGCCCUAAUUAGGAGCAUUCGCGAAGCUCGCAAUCAUAUACUUAUGCAGAAGCAGAAGAUUGCAAAGAACAACGACAACAAUGAGAGGAAGAGGAGGGUGGUUGAUGGGAACGAGAAGCCAAAAGCAGUGUGGAAUCCGUCUUUCCAACGCGAAGAUUUCAUGGAAAAUAUUCAGUUCAGAAGCUCUCCUCCAAUGGCUUCUUCUUCUCAUCAUAUCAAAGAAGCAAGUAAUGGUCCCAAUCAAGAGGUCAAAGACGGCUUAGACCUUAAGCUUUCCCUUUAA